CCGCUUCCGUGUCGGCCGCCAAAUCCUCCUUCAGCUCCACGGGGCCUCGGCCGGCUGCUCCCCCGCCGUGCCCCGCCGGGCUGCGGCUGCCCCGGGGGAGCGGGAGGAUCCUCGGGGAGGCCGCGCCGGGAGGACGAGAUGGAGGUGUAAGGACCGGCCUGAGGGGGGCACGGGGGAGGACAAAUGGAGGUAAAAGAUGCAAAUGCUGCAUUGUUGAGUAACUUUGAGGUGUACCAGUUACUUACUGAUCUUAAGCAGCAGCGUAAAGAGAGUGGCAAAACCAAGCAAAGCUCUGGGCAGCAGAAUCUGAACACAAUCAUGUAUGAGACACUGAAGUACAUUUCAAAAACACCCUGCAGGUACCAGAGUCCUGAGACUGUCAGGGAGUUCCUGGUAGCAAUGAAAGACCAUAAAUUAACCAAGGCAGAAAAGCUGCAGCUGCUGAACCACAGGCCUGUGAGUGCAGUGGAGAUCCAGCUGAUGGUGGAAGAAAGCGAGGAGAGGCUGACAGAAGAGCAGAUCGAGUCCCUCCUGCAGACAGUCACCAACAUCCUGCCAGGGGAUCCAGAGGAACAGCAGAGGGACUCAGCAAUGGCAACAGAAGACAAAGGUGACCAGGCAUAGCAGGCAGCACUUCCAGAAGAGAACCAGCUGCUGUUAGUCUGGGUUUCCUACCAGUUCAAUCCUGUACUGGACAUAACUGUAAAAUACAUUCACAUUUUUAUGAUUUGGAGGUGAUGAGGGAACCAAUUGUUCAUAAGGAAGGAGGGAAAAGGACACUAUUGUUUGGGUGUUUUGUCAUAAACGGGGCUGGCAGUGCCAGGGUUUGCAGUGGAGCAGCCUGAGGAGUGCUGGGGCUCAGCAUCUUCUGGGAUUUUUCCAUUCCCCAUGGAAUCAGCACAGCAGUGCUGCAAUGAGAAUUCUUUCAGAAGCUUUGCAGUUGCCCAAGUGGCUUCCAGAGCAGUGAAAAGCCAAUUUUGGGGCUGUUUGCAGAGCAAGACAUGGCCAGGGAUGUAUAGGAGCUCCUUGGGGUCUGGCCAGGCACUCCCAAAUCUUGGCAUCAUGGAAAUAAAUGAAAGAGAUCCAGAUUCAGCAAAUUGCACUGAAACCAGGGAGCUGGAGGGGGUGAAGCUGUGAAAUCAAAGCUGUGAGUGCCCAAACAGCAGAAUACUGAGGUGUCUCUGUGCCCUCUGAACAUUUAUUGCAAUAUUUACACAGACAAGGCACUCCUGUGAUGGAGGAAUAAAUGAGGCAACACUGAGCUCUUGAUCUGGCUUGGAAAAAUGAGAGUCAGGCCUGGAUAAAGCAGAAUUUCCUGAGCUUUUUUGUCUGAUGAAGGAUUUCAGGAUCAAGUAUUUAAUGUUGAAAGCCUUUGUGAUUAUAAUAAAUCAUUUGUGUAUGAAAUCCACACAAAGCCAGCCACUGGUUUAAGUUGUGGCUGCAGACCAUUCGUUUAUAAUUAUUAAGAUGUACUGGAAAUAGAAAUAAAAUUUUAAGUACAUCCUGGGAGUUUUGUGACUUACAGACGAGAUCAAAUCACAAUAUCUGACUUUUUUUUUUUCCCCUCAACUCUGUCAUGGGUUUAUUCUGUGUUUUUAUGCAGGGAAUUUGUGCUUUCUGAGCUUCAGUUGUGCAGUGUAUGAAAGGGACUGAUAAAUUCCAGUGUCUGGGGGAUUUGUCAUAUUUGUUUCCAUGGUAUUUAAGCUUCUUUGAUGUUUGGAGAGGAAAGAAAGUUAUUGGGAAAAUGUAUUUGUUGCCUCUUAAUUUAUCAUGCAUUAAAUGCCUUCCAAGGCUGGAGACUAAAGGUA